AUGUCGCCUCCUCGAAGUCUGCGCCGUCGAGUUCCCACCUUCCUGCCACCGACCGACGGGCCAAUCGACCGUCACUUUGACCGGUCCCCGUGCUACGUGCUACCGAUCGGUCGUCUUUUGAUUUAUGGCGGCCGAGCUGAGGGACUAGCACCAAGUCACGUGACUUUUUCUCUGUCAUUUUUGGUCCGAACACGUGACACGGUUCGCUUGGCUCACGGUUGGUCCCUGUCCGGCGGGACAACAACCAAAAACCAUGACAUGAAGAAGGCAGUAACGACGAAAGCGACUUUAAGCUUGUUCACCUCACAAUAUGUUCCAAAUGCUGCUUGCGUUUUACACACGAACCCACAGCUUGUCGCGAAGUAUAACGAUCACAGCGAUGACCGCUUAUUCCUUCCAUCCACCACCGCUGCCGCUGCCGCUGAUGCAGCCUUUGACACUUGCGUUCGAUGCGUGCGAUUGACAGCAGAGGCGUUGACCACCGCCUCCCGGCUUUCUGCGCAGGCUGCUGAAACGAUCGAGCUGCUAACCGCCCGCCCGUGCGCCCGCCCGCCCGCCCGUCCGUCCGUCCGUCAUCUACCUACCGACCGACCAUGCGCUGUUGUUGCGUUAAUCAGCUCGUUCCUUCUGCCGCUGCUUAUCGUCGUGAGUCCUAUCGGUGAGCGGCUACGCAGGGCUCAUAUCCAUCGAGACAAUCGACUGUUCAACGGGGAAGUUAUGUUAACCAUGGUCCGCUGCGCCGGAUGCGACCAGCCCAUUUACGACCGCUACCUAUCGCAUGUGAUGGACAAAACCUGGCAUGCUUCAUGUCUCAUUUGCUGGGUCUGCAAGUCACCGUUGAACGACAAGUGUUACACGAGGGAUGGCAACAUCUACUGCAAGAGCGAUUUCUACAAGUAA